AUGAGUAGAAAGCUGGAAAUAGAUGAGAUAUGCAAUUAAACAGCACAGAUGAUUGAGUAAGAUAUAAUAAGGUCACAUAAUGUUGUUUAAACUGCUUCUACUACCAUGACAGCAUUCAAUAAUGUUAAGGACUCAAAAUAAAGAUAAAGAAAUUAAGCGAUAUCACUCAGGUAUAGAAAUAUAUAAAAUCCAGGCAUGCUUUUACCCUAUCUUACAUCUAAUUAUAAAGAAUUAGAAAAGUUUGGAAAUUCUAAGCCUAGGCCAAAUAACACUUCACUUCAAACAAAAAGAACUAUUGCAAAUAAUGUUAAAAUAGAAGAGAGUGGUUUUAACCUAGAAUAGAUUGUUCAACAAAACAAUUAAUUACUGAAAGACAAUCGCGGAAAUAAAAAAUGGCAAAGUGAUUCAAGCAGAAUGAGCACUUCAACUGGGGAAAAUCCACAUAAUGCAUUGCAGCAACAUCCUAACAUUGCGAUUCCAUCUACUAGCACAAGGAAAUACUAAGCUUAGACUAACAAUAUGAGAUAGUAUUUGUCUACUUAGGCAACAAAGUAACGAUUGAUUAUGCAGUAAAAUAGAGGUACUGAUGUAGAUAAGUAAGAACUCAGAAAGAUAAUGUCUCAAAGAGAGUUACAGUCACAAAACAGGGAUAACUCUACUAUAUAAGCUUAAAAACCAAAAGAACGUAAAGCUAAAAGCAAGUCAAAGCAUAAAAAAGAAAAUAAAAGUGGAAGCUACUAUCUAUAGAAUCUUAUUGCAUAAGAAUAAGAAGAAGACGACGCUUUGAUUAGAGAUUUAGGAUCGGAGAAAAAACCUACACAUUAAUUUCUCCCAUUUAAAAAAAAUACAAAAAAUAGAAAAUAAAAGAACCUAGAUAAUCACAUUGAUAAUCUAUUGAGCGCUUGGGAUGAAAACGAAGAUUCGAAAAUAUUUAGGAUACAGAAAAAAAAAUAUAACAAAGUUUAUCACGAAGCAUAUUUUAUGAAUUCUAAGGAAAUUAUUCAGCCCAUUGAAAGUUUAAAUUCUUUGGAGGAUUAGGAUAACACUAAUAAUGAUACUAAUCAGAAUAAUAAUAUUCACAAGCAGAGGAAACAGUCUCAUCAUAAUUCAUAUGAUUGCAUUUAAUAGCUACUGCAUGAUGCUUCCUCUAAAGAUAUAUACAGUGACUAGUAGCCUCCAGUUAUUGUUGAUAGAACAAAUAAACAGCAAAUCUAAAUUUUUCGAGGUAAACAUAGAAGUUUGGCUCCAAAUUGCAAUUAGAAUGAUAUUAUUAUUCAAGAUUAGCAAAAUAAAUAUGUGUCAAUAAAUCCAAAUGCUUCAACAAAUAAUAUCAUAGAUUAGUAAAAUGACACGGUAAAUUUCUUGCCAUAAGAUGAGCCAAGUUAUGAUUAAGAUUUCGAGGAAGAGGAGAAUGAUCAAAUGAAUGAUAGCAUCCCACAAUACUACAACAAUCCAAUAAUAGCUUAAAAAUAAUAAGAGCUUAACAAUAGUAGCGGCUUUAAAUCAGCCUAUUAACCUUAUCAUUAAUUAUAGCAGACUAUGGGAGAAGCCAGGAAUAAAAGGAAUCCAGAAAAUCUAUAUUCAAUAGGCUAGAAUUAUCUCAAGUAUAUAAAAAACAGCAAUAACUAGUAGCUAUAAUAAUAAAUGAUGAGGUUAACAAGUGUUUAUUCCUCUACCAAAUAAGUAAGGAAAUCUGGAGGCUCAUCACUCUAUAAUUAACUUGCAUAAAUCAACUUAUCGUCACACAGAAGAGAGGGCUAGAUAAACAGAAGAAGUCUUAACACAUCAAGUCAUCCAGACAACUUCAAUCAUAAUAAUAGUGCUGGAAAUAGUAAUUAAAACAAAAAGCACACUAAUUCUCUGAAUAUUCCAGUGCUAGCACAAUAGAAAUAUAAUAUUCAAUAAUAUCAACAUCCUCAUUCAGCGAUAUAGUAAUAAAAGCAAACCUCUUAAAACUUUUGCAACUAAAACUCGCAGUUAGUAUAUUAAAAUUUAGAACAAAGUAAUGAUUAAAAUAUGUAAUCAGGAAGAAAGCCCUUUCAUUCCAAUAGAGGUAACAUUAUGCAAAGUAUCACAAAUAAUAACAAUAAUUCAGUCGUAACCCAAAAUACUAGCAUAUUAACUCAUAAGUUGUUUAACAAAAAGAUAUAUAGAAAUGGGAUGGGCAAAAUAAACUAAACAGUAGAGGAAUCUACAAAAAGCAAAGAAUAAAGUUUCAUUAAUCAACAAUAACAGUGA